CAGCACUCAACGACAGUGUGAAAUCGUAGCUAUGGCCUGUUAUGCUUAUAUUUUGUGUGUGCUUACAUUAUUCUCCAGUGUUCUCGCUUCACAAGAGACAUUGAAAAAUAUUGCUCAUAGCUUUCUCAAAGUUUUAGACGAGUGCAAGCAAGAGUUAAACCUUCAUGAAAACAUUUUAUUAGACCUUUAUCACUUCUGGAAGGAAGAUUAUGGUUUACUGAAACGCGACACGGGUUGUGCCAUCAUGUGUAUGAGCCAAAAACUGCAACUUGUUGAUACAACUGGCAAUCUUCAUCAUGGUAAUGCACAAGAGUUUGCAGUGAAGCAUGGCGCAGAGGUUGAAGUAGCCCAGAAACUGGUGAAUAUGGUCCACGAGUGUGAGAAACAGCAUCAGGUACAAGAAGAUCCUUGCGAGCGCGCAUUAGAGGUGGCCAAAUGCUUUCGAGGUGGUAUUCACUUACUUAAAUGGAAUCCAACAGUUGAAGUACUCGUUGAGGAAGUGUUAACCGAAGUAUAGAAUCAAUAAAGAUUUUA